AUGGCAACACGAUCACACGAAUGUCAACAAUUGAAAGGACGCCGUGUAAAUCUUAAAUAUUUUGUUGAGUUUAGGUGUUAAUUUCAAGAAGUGCAUAUUCAAGUGAAAAGUAGACUUUUGUGCUUAUUGUGAAUCAGCGAGAUGGCAAGCCUAGGCCCCAAGAAGGAUGGAGGGCCUAACGUGGAAUUCUUCCAAGCGCCGGAGUCGUUAGCACAAUUUGAUCAGAUUCGUGUUUGGUUACAAAAAAAUUGCAAAAAGCAUGUACAAACAGAUCCACCAACUAAAGAGGGUUUGGCACAACUGGUUAUUCAGCUUAUACAAUAUCAGGAAAACAAGCUGGGGAAAAAUGCUUCAGAUCCACCAUUCUUAAGGCUUCCGAUGAAAGUGUUUAUGGACAUGAAGCCUGGCGGUUCGCUGUGCACGGUCCUAGCCACCAUGUUCCGCUUCAAGUCGGAGCAGCGGUGGCGCAAGUUCGACUUCCAGGUCGGUAAGAAUCCGUCUCGUAAGGAUCUGAAUGUUCAGAUGAUGAUGGAAAUUGAAAGCGCUCUGAUGAGUGCAGAAGUGAUACGAUCACCUUGUGUGUAUAUACGACCAGAUGUAGAUAAAGCCACUGCUAAUAAAGUCAAAGAUAUUGUUAGUAAUCAUCAAGGAGAGAUUUGUGAGGACGAAGAAGACGCGACACAUAUAAUUUACCCGACUGUAGACCCCCUGGAAGAGGAGUACGCCCGGCCGGUGUUCAGACGUGGUAACGGUGCGCUGGUGCAUUGGUACUACUUGCCUGAUAGUCACGAUAUAUGGACACAGACGGAGCUACCGGUGGAUGUACCAGAGAACGUGAGCUGGGAGUGCACACGCAGCGAGCCGUGGCGCGUGUCUGCGAGCUGGGCGCUCGACCUGCCGCAGUACAACGAGUGGAUGAACGAGGAGGACUACGAAGUUGAUGCCAACGGCAAGAAGAAGGUUCACAAAUUGAGGCUAUCAGUGGACGAUUUGAUUCCUGGUGCGGAGCCGUCAAAUAAGGGGAAGAAGAGCAAGAGGAAGCGGUCUCCCUCCCCUCCCCCACAGAAACACGGAAAGAGAAAGAGCCGCAUCUCCAAGCGUCGUGACAAUGAGGGUGAUGAUGAGGAGGACACCGCGUCACGUGACAACACUGACACCGCGCCCACACCGGAGGCAGACCGCUCAGCUGACACUCCUGCCGCUCCACCGCCGGAGCCCCCCGCCGCGGCCGAAGCUCCCGCCACCCCUGCACCAGCCAUGGACGUGCAUGAUGACUCACAGGGCAAGCACAGCGACUCCAACACACAGGAGAUGCUGAGUAAAGAAGAAUUAGAAGAUAAUGUAACGGACCAGACUCACCAUAUCGUAGUACCGUCGUACUCCGCCUGGUUCGAUUACAACUCCAUACAUACAAUAGAGAAGCGCGCUCUACCAGAAUUCUUCAAUGGCAAGAACAAAUCUAAGACCCCGGAGAUAUAUCUAGCUUACAGGAACUUCAUGAUCGACACAUACCGGUUGAACCCAACGGAAUACCUGACGAGCACAGCAUGCCGGCGCAAUCUGGCGGGCGAUGUGUGCGCCAUCAUGCGGGUGCAUGGCUUCCUCGAGCAGUGGGGCCUUCUCAAUUAUCAGUUGGAGGCGGAAUCUCGUCCGACGGCAAUGGGCCCGCCACCCACUUCGCACUUCCACGUGCUGUCAGACACGCCCUCCGGACUGCAGCCGUUGCAGGCAAGACCCACGCAGCCCAGACCAGCGGAAAACGCAGCAGUGCCUAAAGUGGAGGCAGGUCUGCCGAACGGCGCUGAUGGUGGCGCACCCACAGCACCCGCUGCUCCCGCUGCCGCAGCACCCAUCAAGCAGGAGCCUACACUGGAGCUCGGCACCGCACCAGGACUCAAGCUCGACCAGUAUCGCGGUGGUUCCCGCGGCCGUGAAUGGACGGAGCAGGAGACGCUACUGCUGCUCGAAGCAUUGGAACUGCACCGUGACGACUGGAACAGGGUUGCGGCGCACGUCGGCACGCGCACACAUGAUGAGUGCAUACUGCACUUCUUAAGACUGCCUAUCGAGGAGCCUUAUCUGCAGGAUACUGCAUCGGGCGGUGUGCUGGGUCCUCUGGCGUACCAGCCGAUACCUUUCAGUAAAGUGGGCAACCCGGUGAUGAGUGCGGUGGCCUUCCUCGCUUCUGUAGUCGAUCCUCGCAUCGCCUCCAAAGCCACGCGCGCUGCAAUGGACGAAUUUGCAGCUAUCAAGGACGAGGUGCCUGCGGCCAUGAUGGAGGCGCACGUGAAGGCGGCCGGCGCGCACGGGCCCGCCGCCGCGCUCGCCGCCACCGGCAUCGCCGGCACCGCACCUGACGUCAAACCUCCAGUCGGUGAGAAGAAAGAAGAAUCAUCAGAGGUGAAGACUGAGCCAAUGGAGGUGGAGGAGGGCGAGGUGAAAGUGAAGGAGGAGGUGGCCGACACGCCUCCAGCUGAAGACACCAAGGACACCAAGGAUACAGCUUCUCCAUCACCUGCAGAUGCAGGCAGCGGCAGCACUCCAGCUGGCGGUGGUCAGGUGGAGGCGGGCGUGGCGGCGGCCGCUGCAGCAGCGCUCGCCUCAGCCGCGGUCAAAGCCAAGCAUCUGGCCGGAGUCGAGGAGCGCAAGAUCAAGUCACUAGUCGCACUUCUCGUUGAGACACAGAUGAAGAAGCUGGAGAUCAAACUGCGACACUUUGAGGAGUUAGAAGCUACUAUGGAAAGGGAGAGAGAAGGUCUGGAGUACCAGCGGCAGCAGCUGAUCCAGGAGCGGCAGCAGUUCCACCUGGAGCAGCUGAAGGCGGCAGAGUUCCGCGCAAGACAUCAGGCGCACCAGAGGUUGCAAGCGGAGAGCGGUGUGCUUGGCGGUAUGGUGAACGGCGCGCCCGAGCAGCCCCCGCCUGCAGACGUGCCCGCGCAGCCCCUGCCCCCGCCACACCACGCAUAGACAAUACUGCGUCUAACUGUACUAUACUUAACUAAUAUAACUGUGGCCGUGAAUCUAUCGUGAAGAAGUCAUUACGUGAACACCCUGAAGCGGUAACAUUAGUGAUUUAAAAUGACUUAAUAUUAUAAGUGAUGUAGUUAAUAAAUAAUUAUGUUUAUAAAUUAUUUUUUUUUAAAUAAAUUGAUGUUUGAUUUAUAUGAUUAAAUUUCUUAGUGUGGGUUUACACUGUUAUAGAAACAUGUUAUCAGAUUGACAUUGUGUUUUUUAAUUAGCAUUUCAGAAAUAGAAAACUACGGUAAGAAUUUUUGUAACAUCUAUCAACUCUGUUUCUUUAUCUAUGGUAUGCUUUAAUGAAUAAAAAUUUUAUUGUUUUUAUUUUUCCUUCACAUUCUAAAAUUGGCUUUAGAAAUAAAAAUUAGUUAUUAAAAUAAUGUACCGACAGAAAAAAACGUAUUAUAUUUAUUAUUUACCUUUAUGAUUAAUUCAUUUACGAAACUACAUUUCAGUUUUAAAAAAUCCAAAAUAUAAAACUACUUUAAAAAGAAACGUAUACAGGUUGUCCCAAAAGGUUACGU